AUGGUGGAGACUACUCAAAAUAACCCGGCAGUGACUGCUAUGUCGGAUGAGCAAAAGAAGUUGCAGAAAGCUAUUUACUUCUUCCGAACUGGAGAUCUCACUACCUGGAACUAUGUCAUCCUUGCCCUGGCCUUCCUUGGGUUGUUCCUGGGCCUGUUUCUUCUGAGCAAAAACAUCUUGAACAACAAAAAGAGGAAGAUGAUCGCCUUGUAUCAGAUGAGGAUGUCUGGGCAGCAGCCAGAAGAAUCAGAUGGUAAGCAGGCUGUGGUGAUUUUGGAGAACGACGAUCCACCAGAAGAGUACAAGGCCCUGAAGAACAAUCCUCAGCCAGGAGACAUCGAAGUACAGUGGAAGGACGGGCAGGUCACAUCGCUCUUCAGACAGUUGCCUGAGGAGGAUGUGUAAAAAUACAUGGACGUAUUUUUUUCGCAGGCCAAUGGAGCCCACCAGGCUGGCAGUUUUGAUUUGCAGA